GCUUCUCAGGACACCGGUUGAGGAAGGUGUGUUACCGAAGGACAAGUCGCUGUUUUUAAUGGGUUCAUAGGUUUUUAAAAGCUGCAUUUCUCUUCACGAGUAAUUAGACGUGUUUUGUAUUAUGAUAACAUGCGUACAGUGAGAAAGCUGAAGUCACCUUUAAAAAGAGCUUUAUCAUAAUUCAGCUUCAAAAGUGCAUGUUUUUUUUUUUUAUUAUUUUUUUCCACCUUCGGCUCGUUGAAGAUGAGUUCUGUCGGAUGUUUUUCGCGCAGAACGUUGUUUCACCUGAAUAAGUCAUUAUGCAGGUACACAGCCAUUCCAAGGCAUAAGAGCCAGAGGAGACUGAUCAGUACUUGUAACAGACGCAUGAGCACCAUGCCUGCAUGGGUUAUUGACAGAUAUGGAAGCAAUGAUGUUUUACGGUUCACCAAAAACGCCAACUUCCCUGUCAUCCUGCGUCCCAACGAGGUCGUUGUAAAGGUGCUUGCAGCUGGACUGAACCCAAUCGAUGUCAGCAUGAGAGGUGGCUACGGUGCUGCUACGCUGUCUGUGAAGAGGGACCCUCUAAGCAUCACUCAGGCAGGCACCGAGUUUCCUCUCAUUCUGGGCAGAGAUGUGUCUGGGGUCGUCAUGGAGUGCGGCCUGGAUGUGAUUUACUUCAAAGAGGGAGACGAGGUGUGGGCAGCAAUCCCACCUUGGAAGCAGGGCAGCUUGGCAGAGUUUGUGGUGCUAAGUGGCAACGAGAUAUCCCACAAACCCAAGUCGCUGAGCCACGUAAAGGCAGCAGCCAUUCCUUACGUGGCAACCACUUCCUGGUCAGCGCUGGUUAACACUGGAGGACUCACUAAAGACAAAUGUGCCGGCAAACGGAUUUUGAUACUUGGAGGAUCAGGAGGAGUGGGGACAUUUGCAAUACAGAUGUUGAAGGCCUGGGGAGCCCACGUGACAGUUACCUGCUCCCACAAUGCCGAGCGGUUUGUGAGGGAACUCGGAGCGGACCACGUGGUGGACUACACUGCUGGACCUGUCGAAGAGCCGCUCAGUGMACUGGAGAAAUUUGACCUGAUCCUGGAUAACGUAGGAGGGGACACAGARCGAUGGGCUCUCAGCCUGCUUAAACCUUGGACAGGAGCCAAAUAUGUCACCCUUGUGACACCGUUUAUGCAGAACACUGACAGGCUGGGUGUAUCUGACGGCAUGAUGAAGACAGCUGUUACAGUCGCCACUAAAGUCAUCAAGCAUUUAAUCAAUGGAGUKCACUAUCGAUGGGGGUUCUUUGCACCAAGCGGUCCAGCACUGGAUGAAAUACGAGAGAUGGUGGAUGCAGGACAGAUCCGGGCUGUCGUGGAGAAAACGUUCAGCUUUUCUCAGGUUCCUCAGGCCUUUGAGAAGAUGGAGAAGGGUCACGCCCGAGGAAAGACAGUAGUUGAAAUCAGCUCCUAAUUACCAGCAUGGACUCUUUUCUGCACUACACUAAUGGAGUCAAAAUGAAAAUAUGCAGACUCAAUUUGUUGUCUCCACAACAGCAAACACGGUUACUGCUUCUGCAACAUUUCUAAGGGAAAAUGUGCACAUAAGCUGCAGUUAUGGUUGUUUUAUAAUUAACUUGUUGAAAAUAACAUCAAAAAGCUUCCUAGAAAAUGCAACAGUUGUGUUUCUAUAAACUGUUCUGCCUGAAAUAUAUUGCUGAUCAGUUGUUUUCUGACUCCACUUUGUGACAAAGUUUCCCGUUUCAAAGGUCACUCCAGCAGAGGCAGAAGUGUUAGUUUGCAGUCUGAGAGCUGAUAAACACAAAAGGUGAAAAUGACUUUUUUUAUUAUGUAUUUUUAUGUAACAGUUUGCUUGAUUAUUUACAACUACCAGA